AUGACGCACGAGACAGUCUAUUACUCUCGCCCACGUACCUACGGCAAAGGCUCUCGUGGCUGCCGUGUCACUGGAGACAAGAAGAAGUCCGGUGUGAUCCGCAAGUACGGACUGAACAUGUCGCGACAGGCAUUCCGUGAGAAGGCUGAGGAUAUUGGCUUCCAAAAGUUACGGUAG